AUGUCAGAUACUCCUAUUAAAGCAGAAGAAAAAAACAAUGAUAAUACAAUAAUUCAAGAAAGCGAAGAAAAUGCUAAUAAAGAUAGUAAAAUUGUAGAAGAGGAAAGUAUAAAACAAGAUGAUAAUGAUAAAAAAUCGGCAACCACUGCCACCAUUACCACUAGUGGUGAUACCGCUACUGCUAAAAAAAAUGCAACAGUUGAAAGUGGGGAGGACUCAGAUUUAGACGAUGAUGAUAUGCCCGAGCUAGCAGAAGAACAAGGAGUAUUACCACCUGAUAUUUCAUCAUUGAAUUUUGAAAAUAUUCUUGGCGGCGGUGGCAGUGGUGGUUCUGCAAAAAAUCAAACUCGUGGAGAAAAAAAAGCUCGAAAAGCAAUGCAAAAGUUGGGAUUGGUACCUGUUCCUGGUAUCACUAGAGUUACAAUCAAAAGAGCAAAAAAUGCCGAAGACCUCAAUUCUCAAGCUCAAGCAAAUGCUGCGCAACAAUUUCAAAAUUCUGCUGAAACUACAACUGCUGCUGCUACAUCUAAAGAAAUUGCUAAAGUCGAAGAAUCAAUCGAAGAAGAUUCAACGGCUAUUGAUGAAACUAAUGUAGAAGCUAAAGAUAUUGAAUUGGUUAUGCAACAGACUGUAAGUAUAGAAAUAAGGAGUAGUAAAGGGAGAAGAGGUUUAGGGAUGAAUUGUGAGGUUGGAAAACUCUAA